GCUCCAGCCUGUAGGUAGCCAUGAGAAAAGGAGGCUUUGCGGGACUACGCCUUGCCGUCACCUGUUUUGCCCUGUCUCGGGCCGGGUCUGUCGCUCUUUGCCAUUGGGUGCCGGGACGUCUCAACCCAAGCAGGGCCACAUUGGUCCUGGGCAGCCUUCGCAUGUUCUCAGCUCCGGCUGCUGCGACAGCGAUGGCGGGCGAGUGUGAUGGCCCUACUACCAAUGCAGAUGACCUGGAGAAAGCAAGGCAGAUGAGAGAAGAGGGGGAAGUUGAUGCCACAGCUGCUGCAGCUGCUCUAAAAGCAAUUCCGGACGUGAUCAUUGACGAUGGCACCUUCAAAUAUGUUUUGAUGCGGGUUACUGCCAAGACAGGGGAGUCCAAAUACCUAGUGCGUGGCACGGACGGGGCUGCAUACCACAAGGAUGUGGCCAUGCCUUACAUGCGCUCCUACCUGCAGCAGGGCUUUGAAGUAGAAGUUCUGGGCGGCGGUCGGAUUCUGCACGAUGCACAAAGGGGCGUCCUCAAGAUCUACGGCUUCUCUUAUGGCUUUCCUUGGGUCAAGGGAGCUGGGCAUGAGAUCACUGCAGAGGUUUGUCGCGGCCAUUUUCAGGGAUACCAGGUUGAUUGGUCCAACGAAGGCUACUGAUCUUACGUUUGGCGGCCAAUCCACUAUCCCCAUGGUGUGCCUCACCGCCAAAGAGUGCCCUAACGGGGCCGCGAGAGCAUUCAA